GAUUGACAGCUUGUACCGCUCUCUUUUACUAGUGGAAACGAUAGCACCCGUUGUGUGAGAGACGCAAUCACAACUCACCAACUGAUUUUUCUCGGAUUUAAUUUUGUACUUUUUGAAAAAAGUUUGGAAAAAACGCACUCAGUUUGGAGUUAAUAAGAAUCUACGUGGUAUGAAAGUGGAGCGGACGAUUCAAACUAAGUAAAAGAGGAGGUAACCGUGUCCGUUUGAUGGCUGCUGGGGAUGGAGCCCAGCUGCCUGCCACAGUAGCGGCCAGCCGGAGCGUGGAGAAGGCGCUCGAGGAGGCUGCCGCGAGCGGGGCUCUUAACUUGGCCAACCGAAAGCUGAAGGAGUUUCCCCGGAGCGCCAGGAACUACGACUUGUCCGACAUUACACAUGCAGAUCUGUCUAAGAACCGCCUGUGUGAGCUGCCGGAGGACCUUUGUCAAUUCAUCUCUCUGGAGACGCUAAGCCUUUACCACAAUGGGAUGCGUUCACUGUCCCCCAGCCUGGGCAACCUCCAGGCCCUCACCUACCUCAACCUCAGUCGUAAUCUUCUGUCCAGUUUACCCCCGUCAGUGUUUGAGCUUCCCCUCCUGCGAGUGCUCAUAGUCAGCAACAACAAGCUGUGUUCCCUGCCUGCCUCCAUACACUCCCUCGCACACCUCCGACAGCUGGAUGUCAGCUGUAAUGAGCUGCAGAGUUUGCCUGCAGAGCUCGGCCAGCUUGAGUGUCUGAGGGACUUAAACCUGCGGAGGAACCAGCUCACCACUCUGCCUCAAGAAAUAUCAGAGCUCCCCCUUGUCCGGCUCGAUGUGUCCUGCAACCGUGUUUCCCACGUGCCCUUGUGCUACCGCCACCUCCGGCAUCUCCAGAGCAUCCUGCUUGACAACAACCCGCUGCAAAUGCCUCCCGCCCAGAUCUGCUCCAAGGGCAAAUACCACAUCUUCAAGUACCUGAACAUGGAGGCCUGCAAGAGGAGCCAGGAGGAGCUGGAGAGACGCCUGCGGCCCACAGGCUUCAACAGCUGUCUGUCAGACCAGGAGCUGUUCACAGGUCAGUUUGGAGGGUUGGACUCUGGCUUCAACAGUGUGGACAGUGGCAGCAAGCGGUGGUCUGGGAAUGAGUCAGCAGAUGACUAUUCUGAGCGUUCUCUUCGCCUGGCUGAGGGCAGCAGAGAGCAGAGGAACCUGGAGGAGGAGGAUGAAUCUCCUCUGAAUGCUAACAAAGCGAAUGGCCAGGCUGAGCAUGUGGACCUGAUGGACCGCAGUGUGACAGAGGAAGAGGAGGACGAGAUGAGGAUGGACCGGCCCACAGCUGGUGUCCCAGCACCUCCUCUGGAGCAGAAGGAGAGUUGUUCACCAGCCCAAACCCAGGACUCCGCAGCUUGCAGGUCCAGCCUCCAUGUGGAGGUGGGACCCCCAUCAUCGUCCCCCUCCAGCCCCACCCUGGAGGAGCGGCGGCGGCCAGGCACGCUGUUCAUCUGGCAGGAGAGAGAGCGGCUGCAGCAGCAGCAAAGAGACAAGGCCAGUUUGCUGAAGUCCUCCGCCAAAGCAGGAAGUCAUGUGGCCACUACACCACAGACAGAAAGUAGUUCAGCUGGAACUUCUCCAGAGAACAGCAGCUCCCAGCCUGCCUUGCGGCAGCGAUGUGCUAGUGCUGAACAGAUGAGCGCAGUGUUUCCUUCAACUCUGGUGCAACGCUCCAGCAGCAGGACAGAUGAUCCGUCCUCCCCAAAGACAUCCCCUCCCCCUGGUCAGGCCCAGAGACCCAACAGUUUCCUGUUCCGCACCUCGUCCCGCAGCAACGUCAAAUCCACAGGGUCGGUCUUUACUCUCGGGGAGUCGGGCAGAAGUGAGUCUCGCACCAUGCUGCGUUCUACUAAAGACGAGAGAGCAGACGUCACCCAGCUACGCAAGACUCUGGAGUCUCGGCUGAAGAUCUCUCUGCCGGAGGAUCUGGCCGAUGCCUUAUCCAAUGGCACAGUCCUCUGCCAGCUGGCCAAUCAGAUCCGACAACGCUCUGUGUCAAUCAUCCACAUUCCCUCCCCAGCAGUGCCAAAGCUGAGCCCGGCAAAGUGUCGACUCAACGUGGAAAACUUCAUCGCUGCUUGUCGUAAGCUGGGAGUCCCUGAGACGGACGUGUGUGUGUGCUCUGAUGUGCUUCUGUGUAAGCUGCCCGCUGUGCUGCGCUGUGUGAUGGCACUGCUGGCUGCUGGGGGGGGGGAGACGGCCGAGGACCCGUCCCCCCGCCACUCCUCGUCAUCCUCGUUGCUGUCCACAGACUUCCUGCUCUUCUACUGCGCAGCCAUGGCCCUGCUCUACACCCUCUACUGCUGCCUGCUCACCUAGAGGAGACACACACACACACACACACACACACACAGAUGACCGGGGAAAUGCCUUCACUCUGUAACAGCCAGCAUGUUUGGAGGAGAUGGGAGUUUUCUGUUUAAGUGUCUGAGGCAGAGCUGCUCCGUCUCAUUGGUUGAGACAUGAAUGGGCGGCGCAAAGGAACCACAGCCUCAGCUGAAUCCCAAUGCCAUACUAUACAUUUCUUUCCUACCUUCUUUACAACAAUGAACACUGUGGACACAGAGCUGCAACAACAGGUUCAUGCACCGCACACUUGUGUGUAGGUGGAGCAUUCAGACUGUGGCCCCCAGGGAACAGAUGAGGGCCCAAUCAUUGCUGACCAACAGCUGAAUACCUCACGGAGAAUGUCUAAUUUGGUCCAUUGUAAAAAGGACUAAACAUGGUGGCACUUGAGGGGGGUAUGGUAUUGUUAGUAUGGACCUUUUUCACAGCAGACAUUUUGACUUGUCAUGGUAGGAAAAGCACAGCUGAAAUUGAUAACCUUAAUGAUGGGCUCAAUUCCAUUAAGUGUUCCAGUAAGCUGAGUCAGCAUGCACAAUACCAGGGCCUCUCCUAAGUGGAAUGCAGCCAUCAUUAAUGGUUUUGAAUACACCUGUGCUUUUCCUAUGACAUGUCAACAUGUCUGCCGUGAAAAAGGGCUAUUGAGACCAGAACAGAAAAAGUAAUGUGGUAACAUUCAGAUACUCUGCACUAUUCACAUUGUUACAUUAGCCUGCAUAGUUCAACCUAAAGCUGUGUCACUUGAUGCACUUGCGCAACAUGUGACAUGUUAUGAAGUCAUAUGAAGCAGACACAGAGCGGUGUUCUCUGUGGCUGAGCCCUUUCAUACACUCAGGGGUUCCAGCCAUUGAUCAGUAUUGUUACUGUGUAUUAUUCAUAUAGCAAUGCAUGUACUGUACAUUGGGAAAAUCCCAAAUACUUGCCGUAUCUAAAAUGCCAACAUGCAUACUGCACGCAGCUUAAGGGUUUCACUUUCAAAGCUCUGGCCAUUAGUGUGACCUGUAAUGAUAACAGUCACUUAAUCACACAGUUUGGUCAAAUGUAUGUGAAAGAGAAAAGGCGGCAGAGACCUAAAUCAUAACCCCAAAUCCUUCAUAGUCACUAGCUUCCUAACAUAAGAACAUAGUGUAUACUUUUCAGUGUAUAGUAUGGAAUUGGGAAACGUUGAGAAAUGUCAGGAGUUUACCUGAAUGCUGAUGUUACAGGUUCUAUCUAGAUAUCCUUAGAAAACUCUAAAUGGAUUGAUUGAUGAUUGAUUGAUUGAUUUCUCUGCAUCACUCAGCCAGAAAGACUGUUUCUUCAGCUCAGCUCUUCCUCUGAGAAGUAUUGAAGUCAUACCGCUGAGAGAGAAGCUGUUGAAGUAAGCUGAGACUGAACUGUGAAUGUGAUCUUUUAGCCUUGAGACAGAUGCACGUUAGUUUGUGGAUCCUGGAUGUUACAGAACCCAAUGAUGAUACAGUGCCUCUUACUGAACACUGACUGACCUUUUGUCUGCUGUGCCCCCCCCCAUCAUGUCCAAACGGUACAAACCCCUGCAGGAGGGGUGUGUGGAAAGUUUUUUUUUUUUUUUCGUCACUGCUCUGUUGGAACAUGUUUGUAUAAAUGUAAACAGGCUAUUAAAUUAUUGCUUUUUUUUAUUAAUUCUGUUCUGUUUUGGUUAUUUUUGUUUCUGAGGUGAAACGGCAGAGGCGUCACUAAUUUGGGCUUGUUGCUCACUAAACACACAUUGGAAUGGAAUUGGAAGCUAAUAGUGAGAUUUUUGGGAUUCAAACUGCAAAGAACUACAAAUUCAGAAUUAAGUUACUCUUACCAAAGCCUCAAACACUUUUGAAGCUGCAUCAUAGUUUUAUAACUUGAUUAACUUAUUUAAAAGGUGGACGGCACACUGGGUAUUUCUGUCCAGUCCACGUCUGCUGUUGUCUCCAGGUCACAAUGUCCACUGUAAAGCCGUUCCCUCCCCCCCCCCCUCCCUCCGUCCCAGGUCUCACAUUUCUUAUCAGCCUGCUGUUAAUAUGAAAUGUUAUACCCUUUCAGUUGAAGAUGUAGAUUUUAUAAAUGAAACUGGAUAAACAACAUUUCAUUCACAUAAUUUAAUAUGUUAGCGCCACGCAAAUACAGUUGUAUUUUAUAUUUAUACCCUUGUAUUAUUGAGAAUAAUUUUUGAGUUUAUAUAAAUAUAUAUGUAAAGUUUUUCUCCCCGCUGUAAAGAAAUUAUUAAAAAAUGAACUAUGA